UCAAACCUGGAGAUGAAGCUGUUAUUGAUCCAGCGCAGUGCGCCACAGCAGAGGCAGAAAACUGUUGAAAAAUAAGUCAAAAUCACUUUUUUCUCGCUCUGUGUCGACUCGUUGCCAUAACAACCAAAGAAAAUGCAGAUGUUUGUGUCAGGAUUCAGAAAACACUGAAGCAUUUCUCAGAGAACAUUCAGCUCUGUGUGUGACGUCACGCUGCAAUAUGGCUGAAUAUUCAGAGAUUUAAUAAUUAUCAUGAUGAUGAUUUUACUGAAACAAACUUAAUGUGUUGCUGUGUUUCCGCCAACAGUCCAACAAAGUGUCGGUGGUCCAGCAGUCCCACGGGAUGCAUCCGCUGACGUCCCUGCUGCCCUACAGCAACGAGCAUUUCAGCCCCAGUCCACCGCACCUGCCCACAGACAUGAGCCAGAAGACAGGUGUUCACAGGCACCAAUCCCAGGACCUCUCAGGAUACUACUCCCUUCCUCCAGGUGGCGUUGGCCAGAUCACUCCCUCCAUGAGCUGGCAGAGCCAGCCGGUCUACCCGGCCUUGUCCCCUUGUGGAUUCAGGCAGCCCUACUCCUCCAGUCUCCCCAGCGCAUCGUCCUACUCCAGGUUCCCUCACUCUUUGAUGCUCGGACCGUCGGGCGUGCAUCCAACAGGGAUCCCCCACCCGGCUAUAGUGCCCUCUUCGGGCAAGCAGGAGCAUGAUCAGUACGACAGAGGCAUGUACAUGAAGCCGCAGGUGGAGGUCAAGCGGGAGAAGGAGCCCAAGAAACCGGUCAUCAAGAAGCCGCUGAACGCCUUCAUGCUCUACAUGAAGGAAAUGAGGGCAAAGGUCAUCGCCGAGUGCACGUUAAAGGAGAGCGCCGCUAUCAAUCAGAUUCUGGGACGAAGGUGGCACGCUCUGACCCGGGAGGAGCAGGCCAAGUACUACGAGUUGGCCCGGAAAGAGAGACAGCUCCACAUGCAGCUCUACCCGACCUGGUCUGCUAGAGACAACUACGAGGCGGGCCUUAGCGGGGUCGCAGGGGAAAAGAGUAAAGCUGAUUGGGGCAAGAAGAAAAGGAGAAAACGGGAGAAGCAGCAGGACUCCAACACAGACCCGGGCUCUCCUAAGAAAUGCCGGGCUCGCUUCGGCCUCAACCAACAAACGGACUGGUGCGGUCCCUGCAGGAGGAAAAAGAAGUGCAUUCGCUACCUUCAAGGAGGAGGCUGCCCCAGCCCAUCUUCUUCAGAUCUAAGUGCUAUAGACUCGCCCCCGUCCCCGUGUCCCGCGCGCCUCCGCCUCUACCAGCAGCAGCCCCCGUCCCCGCCGCCCUCCCCCUCCACGCGCCGCUCCUCACACACGCGCUCGCAGCCCCGCUUCCCGUCGGAGCCGUCCGCCGGCAAGCGGGCGGACCUCUGCCACCUCGCCCCGACCCUGGAACUGUCGGGCAAGCAGACGCUCUGCUCCUCGGCGCUGUCCGCCGCCAAGGUGGCGGGACUUUCUCUCAAAGUGCUAACAGAGACUCACUGAUCGCCGCGGCCGUCCCACCUCACUACUCUCCUCCUCGGCUCCCCAAAGGAACGAAGAUCCUCCUGGUCGCCUCCUUUCAUCCUGCAGUCGUGAUUUUCCAAAGGUUUCCGUUUCCACCGCAGCGACAUGAGAACAAGCUGUUCACCUUGUGCUUAACGCUUCGGAGGCCUGUCACAGUUACUAACAAAUCCACAGCUGUCAUGACGUCACACUUCCUGGAACUUCAUAGCUGACUGCCAUCUUGGUAGGCAGUUGCUAUGACAACAACAAACAAGCCACAAGCUUAGAAUUAGCUCUCACCUUGUUGCUAUCUAACUUAUAAAAAUAUUGCUUUACAACUA